CCUACUGCCGGCAAUGUGAACCUAACUCUGACACCGGUCGUACUAGGACCGAACAGCCCUUAUCAGUGGUUUUGGUACCCCAUGCUCCCGAAACACCCCCAACAGGACUCCCGAGGGACACGGUCGAACGCCUUCUCCAAGUCCGAGAUUCGACUUCCCGAUGGACCCUCCUCUCUUGUCCUCCUGAAUAGACCUUACCAGGGAGCUGAAGAGUGUGAUGCCCCUGUAGUUGUAACACACUCUCUGGUCCCCUUUCUUAAAAAGGGGGACCACCACCCCAGUCUGCCAAUCCAGAGGCACUGUCCCUGAUGUCCAUGCGAUGUUGCAGAGGCAUGUCAACCAGGACAUCCCCACAACAUCCAGAGCCUUUAGGAACUGCGGGUGGAUCUCAUCCACCCCCGGGGCCUUGCCACCGAGGAACUUUUUAACCACUUCAGUGACCUCAACCCCAGAGAUAGGAGAGCCCGCCUCCGACACCCCAGGCUCUGCUUCCUCAUGGGAAGGUGUGUCGGUGGAAUUGAGGUGGUCUUCAAAGUAUUCUCCUCACCUACUCACAAUGUCUCGAGUCGAGGUCACCAGCGCCCCAUCCCCACCAUACACAGUGUUGAUGGUGCACUGCUUCCCCCUCCUGAGGCGCCGGAUGGUAGACCAGAAUUUCCUCAAAGCCAUCAGGAAGUCUUUCUCCAUUGCCUCACUGAACUCCUCCCAUGCUCAAGUUUUUGCCUCAGCAACCACUACAGCUGCAUUCCGCUUGGUCAGCCGGUACCCAUCAGCUGCCUCAGGAGUCCUAAAGGCCAAAAAGGCCCAAUAGAACUCUUUCUUCAGCAUGACAGCAUCCCUUACCGUCAGUCUCCACCAACAGGUACGGCGGUUGCUGCCACGACAGGCACCCACCACCUUACGGCCACAGCUCCAGUCGGCCACCUAAGCAAUGGAGGUGUGGAACAUGGUCCACUUGGACUCAGUGUCCCCCGCCUCCCUGGAAUGUGGUUGAAGGAGGUGGAAGUUGGAACUCCUUCUGACAGGGGAUUCUGCCAGACGUUCCCAGCAGACCCUCACAAUACUUUUGGGUUUGCUAGGUCGGAACGGCAUCUUCCCCCACCAUUGGAGCCAACACACCACCAGGUGGUGAUCAGUCGAUAGCUCCGCCCCUCUCUUCACCCAAGUGUCCAAGACAUGCGGCCUCAAGUCACGACCACAAAGUCGAUCAUUGAACUGCGGCCUAGGGUGUCCUGAUGCAUAAUGGAGACCCUUAUGCUUGAACAUGGUGUUCGUUAUGGACACACCGUGAUGAGGACAGAAGUCUAAUAACAGAACACCGC